CAAGAAGAAGAGUAAAAGAAAUGUAAUGACGUAUUACGUAAGUGGGCGUCUUGUUGACGACGCUAGGACGCAGGCGAGCACACGCACAGGCUCGGCGAGGAAAUGGCAUUGAAACAAUAAUUAUGAAUGUAAACGUUUUUUUUUCUUGCACACCUGUAAAGAUAAAUGAAUUGUUUCUAUUUACAUGAGAUAGUUAGAGUCUGUGUUUAUAACUGCGUUCAUAUUUUCAAUAAGUAGUAGUGAUAGUUUCGAAGUAACCGGCUUUAUGCGAUCAGGCAGCUAGGCCUUGCCUGGCCCGCAGUGUCUCGGUUCAAGCAUGCAUCCCUCCUGGGGCGGUUACGGAGGUGCACCCCAGCCUCCUCCACAUUUCGGCCCGCGGCCUCAUCAGUUUAGGGGACCUCAGCCCCCACCAGCAGCAGCAGCAACGGCAGGAUUUGGAGGAUAUGGCGCUCCUGCAAUUACAGCGUCAUCUAAUUUCUCUAGUUUACACGAACAGCAUUUACAACAAAUGCAGCAAUUGCAACAGCUCCAUCAGAAGCAGCUGCAGUCUGUGCUGCAUCACCCCGGCAACACCAACGCCACCAGCAGCGGGCCUUCUCCGUACUGGCAGACAGGCGGUGCACCUCCUAACAAUUUUCAAGAUCCAUCAACUCUGAGAGGUCCUACCGGGCCGCCUCAACCUCAGCCUCCGCCGCCUGAAGUGAAACCUCCAGCUCCCGAGCCCGCAUCAUCCUCUUUACCUGCUGCGAAGACCCCCGCUCCAGUACCACAGGAGCAGCAGGAAUAUUGGUACCAGCAGCACCUUCAAAAUUUGCAAAAGCUGAAAAAUGAGAAAGCAAAGCAGAAUCAAAGUUCAGCUAAUGGAGGCCAUGCUUCAGCUCCUCCGCCUCCAGUUGAACCCCCAAAGAGCACCCCUCCACCACCGCCUCCCAAAGAGGAACCCCCUCCUCCCCCACCACCUGAGGAAUCAAAGCCCAGUGGCAUCAGUGAUGCAGGAGACCCAGCUGAAGCAGCACGUCUUCAGCAGCUGCAGGCGGCAGCUGCCCAUUGGCAGCAUGUACAGCAUCAAAGGGCCAGCCUUCAGUACCAGGCACUCAUGCAAGAGCAUGCUCAACUACAGCAGAUCCUGCAACAGUAUCAACAGGUUAUUCAACAGCCAGCGCAUCUCCAGACAUUGCCCUUGGAAAUGCAGUUGCAACACUAUGAAAUGCAGCAACAGCGAUUUGCUCCAUUGUACCAAGAAUGGGACAGGCACUUUAAUUUGUGGUUAGAACAGUUUCAGACAUACCCACACAAAGACCAGCUGCAUGAUUAUGAAGCCCAGUGGAGGCAAUGGCAGGAGCAAAUGAAUUCAACUUCAGCUCAUCUGCAAGAGAGAGUCACUACUCUAAGAGCCAUGCAGCCUCAGUAUGGUACAGGUCCUUCUUAUGGAGGCAUGAUGGGACCAUAUGGGCAGCAUAGACUCCCUGGACCAGAUGGAAACAUGCAUUUAGCUGGCCCAGGGGUACCAUCUAUGCCUCCACCAGUUAACAUGGAUGCCAUGUCAAGACCUUCACCACAGGGCCCACAACCUUCUGGACCAGUUAUUCCACAGAGGCCAUCACCUGCAGAAUCUUUCCCAUCUUCUGGUCUAGAUUCUGUCUCUGAAACAUGUAAAACUGCUGGACCACCUGGACCGGGGGUUCGACCACCUGGACCGGGGGUUCGACCACCUGGACCGGGGGUUCGACCACCUGGACCGGGGGUUCGACCACCUGGAAUGGGGGUUCGACCCCCUGGGCCUCAUGGAAGAUUUGAUGGCCCAAGGUUUGAAGGUCCCAGAGGCCCACGGUUUGAACAGCCACCACAGCAACGGUUUAGUGGGCCACCCAGAUUUGACACUGGCCAGCGAUUUAGCCGACCUCCCAGAGGUAAUCCUCCACACCCAGGGGCUCCAGCAAGACUUGAGAACCCCCCUAGGCAGAAUGCACCUUCACGUUUUGAAAGACCCCCUGUACCCCCUCAACAACCAGGGCAUGGACAGCAAUCCAGUCCUGUCCCUGGAAUUCAAAAAACGCAACAAUCAGCAAAACCUGAUGCACCACCAGUUCCUCCACCUCAAACAGGCCCAGAAAAACACAAAGAUCCCUUAGAUCAAAGUCGCAAAAAAGAUGGUGCUUCCACUGGUCCGUCACUGACAGAUGACAUACUGGACACAGUGGAUGGAUUUUUUAUUCAGAGUGGACCCAUUCCUCAAACUCAGGAUAAUAAAUCUGAGAAUAUCAGUGUUGAUACUGCAAAGCAGGAUAAAGUGACAGAAGAUGGAACUAAACCAUCCUUACCUACGGAAAGUCCAAACACCACCAACAAAAAAUCUCAGAACUCUAGCUCACAACCUCUUAAAACUGGUCAUAUUGCCACCACAACAAGCAAUGGGCCACCACAACAAGCAAAGCCUCCUCAAAAUAAGUUUAAACCUGAUACAAUUAAGGAGGCUUCUAGGGGGCCACACAUGUUGACUCAGACAGGUCCACCACAGGCGACACGAGGGAGAGGAAGGGGCCAAGGGCCAGUGCCUCUUCGAGGCAGGGGCCGUGCACGUGGUCGAGGGCAGUACGGGGGACAAAUACCUGAUCCAAACAGCCAGAGAGAAAUUAUGGAAGAGGAUCCCUAUGACCAUCAGGAAACGGAUGAUACAGAGCAUGGAGAGGACCAGGAUUUGGUUUGGAGAGACCCCUCUUUAGAUGGUCCUGGAGAAAUAGAUGACCAGGAAGCACCCCUUGAGAUGUGGCAUCCAGAGGAGGAACACUUUCCAGAAGAGUACCCAGAGAGUACUCAUCCAGGCGAACACUGGGAAGAAGAAUCACAGGAUUAUUGGGAGGAAGAAGAUCCAUACUGGACAGAGAGAAGACCUCCCAUGCAUGCUAGACCUCCUUUUCCUCCAGGGGGCCCCAGAAGGCCCCCUUUCCAGCCUCGAUUUAUGCUUCAUGGCCCAAGGCGCCCCCCUCCUCCUGGAAGUUUACAACACAACCCACAUGGACCUCCUCUCAUGGGACCACGUGGUGGAAUGGGACCACGAUUUAGACGCGGUGUAGGCCCAUGGGGACCACUACCCCACCAUGAUAUUAUGGAGCGAGACUUGAGACGGCCACCACCUCCUCAUGAAAUCCUGGCAAGGGAUCCAGCUGGACCUCUUGAAUAUGAUGAAGAAAUUGACAGAGAACCUGGAUGGCCUCAUCCACGUGGUCGAGGGCUGAGACGUCCUUCUUUACCUCCCCAUGAAAUGGGGAGAGGAAUGAGAAGACCACCCAUUAGGCCCCCAAUGCCAAGGGAGAGGUGGCGUGUCCCACCACCCCAUGAAGAAGGAAAUUAUGAGGAGGAAUACCCAUAUGGUGAAGAGGAUGAAAUGCACAGAAGGCCUACUCGUGAAUAUCCAGAUUAUGAGCAAGACGAUGAGUAUUAUGGUUCUCGUGAGGAAUGGGGCAGGGAGCAGCCUGACCUAGACUAUCCACUUCGUCGUCGCCCAGAGCACAUUAGAGAGGAACAUUGGUUAGAGGAAAGAGAAAGAUCAUUCCCCUAUGAGGAAGAGGAUCGAUACAGAGAGGAACGAAGACGACCUUGUUACCCUGAUGAUCCGCCUUAUCCAGAACGAGAUAGGGAGCCUUCAUUUCACUCUCAUUCUGAUUGGGAAAGGCCACCACCUCCACCCCCACAAGAAAGAGGUUACUCUCAUCCAGCUGGUGAAACAAAGCCCCAUUAUGAGCAUAACCCAGAGUCUCUAGCUGGCCUGCCAGCAUCUCAAGACCCGGAUAUCCCACUUGAGCAGUCUUCACCCAGUGCAACUAAAACUGUGCUUGCUCUUUCUCAAAGGCAGCAUGAGAUCAUUCUAAAAGCUGCCCAGGAGCUGAAAAUGAUAAGAGAGCUCCAGGAAAGCAAGAGGGCUUUGGGAGAAGCUUCCAACCCAGAUUCAGCUGGGCUGCCUUCAGAACUUCCCCCUGGAAUUCUCGGAUUGGAAAUUCCACCUGAGGUUAAAAGUGCUCUGCAGGCUACCAAUUUACUGUCUGAAACGGGACAGAUUGUUCCUGGUCAACCUUUGGAAGCUGGUUUGCCCCCUUCAAAUCAAUCUAUAGACUUUCUUCAUUCUUCAGCACCUGCACCUACAGCCACAUUCAUUGCUAAAACAGUGGACUAUGGGCAUGGUCGUGAUGUUGGUGCAACAGUGGAAAGAAUAUCUUAUGGAGAGAGGAUUGUGUUGAGGCCUGCCCCACCGCCAUCUGAGCGACUAUACGAGAAAGAACUUCUUGGCCCCAGAGACCCAUACUAUGACAGAAGAAGUGACCCAUAUGGUGGUCCCAGAGAUUAUGACAGGGAUUGGGAGAGAGAUCCAUAUAGGGAGAAGCCACCUUUGGAUUAUGAGAGAGACAGAUAUGAAAGGGACCGUUACCUACGAGAUGAACGACCUCCACUUGGGCCUCGUCCAGGACACAGAGAAAGGGAAAGAGAUCACUCAAGUCGCUCGAGCAGGGACCGGGAGGUUUAUAGCCGAUCAAGUUAUGAGAGGUCUUCCUAUGAAAGGAGUCUUGAGCAUUAUGACCAUGGAUCCUCAAGCUAUGGUAGUGAUCGGAGGGGCUAUCCAGAUGAGCGCCCCCCGCCACCCACAUCACUGCCCCCUCCUGCACCUGUUGCCCCUCCUCGUGUGGAGAAGAAACCAGAGACAAAGAAUGCUGAGGACAUCCUCAAACUCCCAGGUCGAUCAACUCGUCCUGACAGGAUUGUAGUCAUCAUGCGUGGAUUACCUGGAAGUGGCAAAAGUCAUGUGGCAAAACUUAUUAGGGAUAAAGAGGUUGAAUGUGGUGGUGCUCCACCCAGAGUUCUGGGUCUGGACGAUUAUUUCAUGACUGAAGUGGAAAAAGUUGAGAAGGACCCUGAUACUGGGAAGCGCAUCAAGAACAAGGUGCUUGAAUAUGAAUAUGAACCAGAGAUGGAAGAUACAUAUCGAAACAGCAUGUUGAAGACAUUUAAGAAAACACUGGAUGAUGGAUUUUUUCCAUUUAUAAUCCUGGAUGCCAUCAAUGAUAAAGUGAAGUACUUUGACCAGUUCUGGAGUGCUGCUAAGACAAAAGGAUUUGAGGUGUACUUGGCUGAAAUCACCACUGAUCACCAAACAUGUACAAAGAGAAACAUACAUGGGCGAACACUAAAGGAUAUCACAAAGCUGGCCAGUGGCUGGGAGUCUGCACCACCCCAUAUGAUACGACUGGAUAUCAGGUCUCUACUGCAGGAUGCGGCAAUUGAAGAUGUGGAGAUGGAAGACUUCAACCCAUCUGAAGAAGAAAUAAAGGCUGAAGUGAAAAAGGAGGAUGACGACGAGACGGAUCUGGGAUACCUUCCGAAAAGCAAAUGGGAGAUGGACACUUCAGAAGCAAAGCUGGACAAGUUGGAUGGUCUGGCGGGAGGAGGCAAGAGAAAACGAGACAAUGAUGUUUCCGGCAUGGAAGACUUCCUUCAGCUGCCCGAUGACUAUGCCAGUCGCAUGUCUGAACCUGGCAAAAAGAGGGUGCGCUGGGCUGAUCUCGAAGAGAAGAAGGAUGCCGACAGAAAACGCGCGAUUGGUUUUGUUGUUGGUCAGACAGACUGGGAGAAAAUCACAGAUGAGAGUGGCCAACUUGCUCAGAGAGCUCUCAAUCGCACCAAGUAUUUUUAGGAGAUUUUGUAAUGACAAUUGUACAGCAUUUAAGGUUACCAUGAAAUUCUUCAUUUCAAAUUUGUACUGCCUGAUGAAGAAAGAGCAUUGACUCUUCAGUCGUUGGUCGAUCCUGUAGUACACUUAAUGGCCUUGGUAUAAUAUCUGGUGUAAUGUAAAUGCCUUUUUGUUUUAUCCACAAUCUUAUUUUAAUAGGUUAAACAUUGUGUGAGGUUUUGUAGCAGUGGUACAUUUGAUUAUAGGUGAUAUCUUUACUUUGUUAUUUUUAUUCCAUAGAUCUAAUGUAUUUGGCCCUGAGAUAUUCUUGUAGUUCACACAUGUACACACUCAAUAAAGCUUACAAAACAGUCUCAUAAAGAA